AUGAACGUUUACGAAGGACCGGCUUCCAACAGUGUUCUGCUGACGACGAUUUGCGACAAUAGCAAAAAAGACCACACGUUCCCCGGUCCAAAUGUACUCUUGGAAUUCAGGUGAGACUUACAAGUAUUAAACCGCCGCCGCCGUAUGUUUUAAUAUUACAUGGUACCGAGAGAAAUUCCUGAGGAUUUUAUAUUUUUAGAUUAUGUUUCAAAUAAUGUUAUAGUUUUGAAAUUUAAAUCUUACAAAUCGUUUCUAAAAUAUGUACUCCUGUCCGUUCAAAAUUAAAUACAUAAAUAAGUUUAUAACCCUGCCCCCCUUAAUCCAAGCUUGCUAUUAAUCCUUGUUAUGGUGGUAACGCAGUAUUUUUACUCAUCAAUAAUUGCAUCAACUCCAUCCAACUGCUCGUCGACAAUACUUCCACCCUACCACACAUUUUCUGUGAACUGCGGAUAUAAGUAAGGGGUUAUUAACUAGUUUCCGCGGGGAAUGGAAAUGCGUUUUGAAACUUACCGAAUUUUCCGCGGUUGAAAACGCGUAUAGCGAUAUUUUUCCCGAUAGAUAUUUGAAGUUCUUUAAUUCUUAAAAAUAAUUUAAGUCGCCAUAAAAAUAUCCAGAAAUCAUAAAAAAAAUUAAACUGGAAAACGACACCAUAAAAAGAAGUUAUACAUUUUUAUACAGACGAUAUUGUAUAUUAUAUGCAAGUUUUAAUAAAUAGAUAUAUUUUUUUUAAUUUUCUAGGGCCGGUGCGGCGAUACCGCCGUACGACUACACGGGUUUCGUGGCCACAAUCGAGUUCAUUGACGACACAAUCACGCCACCGGCCAGCACUGCAGCCGCGUUAGAAGUCACACCGUCGUAUCCAUCCAUAGCCGUGCUGAGUAAUUAUAUUUACAUAAUACUAAUAUUGAACUAAAAAUACGAGUUUUUGUAUUAUAAUAUUACUUUUUUAUCCGAUCAAAAAAUCUGUUCCUUUUCCAAGCAUUGAAAAGGUGAAAAUCAUGUCCAAAAUAUUGGAAGAGAUAUCGGCGUAAAACGAUUUAAAAAAAUAAAAAUACAUUUCAGCGGAUUAUUCUCGAUGUUUAUACGAAAAUUUGAACUUUAUGUUCACGCGAACCUUCCCAUUAAUAGUUUAAAAGGGUACAGGGGAUGAAGAAUAUAGCAGUCCAUUUAAAAAAAUAAAGGUACCAUUUUUAAAACUCCGUUUAGUUCCGUUCGGUGAAAACAAUUCAGUUGGACAAUAUUGUAUGUGCCCUGAUCAAAAAUUAGUAUAGUUUAUGCAUCUGUAGACAUUUUUUGUCUGUGAAACUAAAAUAACUUAUUAUCCUUAUUUUCUUGAUUAUAUGGAAGAUUCACGGAAAGAACCAGUCAUUGAUAUUUUUUAUCAUUUAGUGGAAAAUUGGUUCUAAUUUGAAACGUGAUACAUUUUUAAAAUUUUUUUCACAAACUUAAGUGCAAAUUAAAUUAAAAUUUGAAGUUUAAAAUUAAUAAAAUAAAAUGACGUGUGAAAUCGGAAUAACGAUGUAAAUCGUGAAAACUCGAAAAUAUAAUCGGGAGAAAAACAAGAUUUUCAAAAAAUGUAUACAUUGCAAAUAAUACAUAAUAUAGUCAGGUUAGACAAGGUUACUCUGUACUCCUUACUUUGUUUUCCCUCAAUAAUUGAUUCGACUAGUUUUUUGCUUGUACUUAUCCACUAUAUAAUACACUCUGGACUGACCUGAAUUUUGGUCUGUUUCCGCCGUUUAUAGCAUAUACCUAUAAUACUUCAUGACGUCGAAAAUGUUGCCACUGAAAUAGCCAAAAGUGAAACAAUUAUUCGACUUACCCUGUUCUUUUCCCGUUUCGCCCAUUCGCGUACAAAUUGUAAUAUAUGUAUUUUAGUAGUUGUUCUAUGACGUUGACGUGUGUUGUCUUUUCGGUUUAGGAAACACGGAAAACGAUAAAGUCUGCGACAUGACCAUCAAGUCGUCGGACGUCAAGUCGGGACAUUUCGAUUUACGGUCUGCGCAGAAAAACUGCACGAUCCAUUUCGUGGGCAGGCAACCGGAAAUUGUGCAGAUAUCGUUGUUCAACUACGUGCUGAAGUGAGUAUCGUUUUUAAAUAAUUAUAACGUUAUCUAUUCUGCAUUCUUGUCGUUAAUAAUGUUAUUAUUAUUAUUAUUAUUAUUAUUACUAUAAUUGGGUAUUAUUGUUUUUGUAGAAUUUUUCUUAAAAAUAGAAAGAUUAUUGCACUGUAUAGCGUUUUGAUACAGGGUAAUCUUUUUAUGUUUAAAAAAUCACCCAAAUUUGUAUCGUUAAAUUUUGCACAAACUGAAAUUCUGAUUUUUGGACUUUUAGUUGCGGACCUCUGCUGCUCGUUUUUUGAGUUUUUUUUUUUUUUUUUUAGUUGGCGGCGCGAAAUCGUAACGUUUUGACCGGUCCCUCGGUUCCGAGCAUACGAACUAUACUACUAUUGUCAUCAUUAUUCAUUAACAAAUGUAACCUUAAAACUAUAUAUAUAAUACGAUAACAAUUUGUAAUUUAUCCGCCUAUAUUAUUAUUAUUAUUGUGUAACAUAUUAUUAUAUUUCGGGCGCGCAAAAACGCCGCGAUCUAACAGAGAACAAUAAAUUUAACGGUGUACGGUUAUACCUAAACGCGUAGUAAUGAAAUUCGAGAUUUUCAUUAAUUCGCCCGUAUUUUCGCACAUACUCUAUAGUCCAUAAUAUUAUUAUUAUUAUUAUUUAUCGGUCGUUCCGGCCGCUCGUUUAUCCGUGAUACAAUAAUCGACAUCAAUAAAUUCACACCAAACUGUAUGACGACAUCGCCGGUCGUCGUUUACACUAAACAUUAUUGCAAUAUUAUUGAAUAAACCAUCGAUUUUUAGCGUCGUUUACGAAAUAUUAUAUUUUUUUUUUCUGUGAAAUUAUUUUAACAUCAAUAGUAGGUAAUUUAAAAUCACCGUGACUACAUUGCGCAGGCAUUUUUAUCCGAGAUUAUAAUGUAGUACGGGAUCCUAGGUAAUAAUGGCCACAGAAAAAAAUGUCCCGGUAAAACGUCCAUGUACCGAAAUGGCCAGAGGAAAAUAUAAUGACAGGAAAACGUGUCCAGAGGAAAAUAUAGUCCGUAGAAAAUUGGACAUUUAUUAAAAAACAUAUGCUUAAGUAAAUUCAAUUUUUUCAUCUGGUCAUUAUUGUAUUUGAUCAUUAUAUUUUCUCUAUCAAUUUUGGCGUUUGGACAUUUUUCCCAUUGCCAUUUCUGAUUCGGUCAUUCGAUCAGGCACGUAUACAGGGGGGGGUAACCUCCUACGCGAAAAUAAAUAAUUGUGUAAUUUAUUUAUAAAUAUUGAUUAUUGUAAAUAUUUUAUGAACCCCCUCGCAAAUUUUUUUUUGUGUACGUGCCUGAUUCUGACAUUUUUAUAUCGACUACCGUUAUACGAGUAUAAAAAUGUUCUAGUCAAAUUUCGUGUGUACGAACAAUAAUAUUAUUUUUAUAGUAUUAUUAUAUUGUGUUUAUAGAGCCAGUUCGUGUCAAUCGUUUAUUGAAAUUUACGAUGGACCAGACAUCGCGAGAUCAAAGGAAAAAAUCAAACGGCUGUGCAGUCCUGUAGAGAAACAUGCUCGGGAUACAAAUGGCAGGUGAGCUCGACGACGGCAACGACAUUGAUAAUAUAGUUAAUCAAAGAUUUUGAUAAAAAAUUGUAGUUUUUUAUUUCAUUAUUUUUUUUUUUACCUCCAUAAAUGAGAUCGUUUUGUGUCACCCGCAGGUUUCGGGAAAGACAAAUGUUCGUUUCGUCGGGGACUCAUAUGACGCUCUUCGUCCGCAGAUUAAUGGCCAACGCGGAGGACGCGGAAACCGAAUAUUUGGACGGCGCAUACAGCUUCUUUAAUGGUUUGUCGAACAACUACGAAAAUGCCAACGAUAUAAUAUCGACUAUCAUAAAUCACUUCAAUUAUAUUUGAGUACAUUUUAUUUCCGUUAGGUUUUUUCGUCCGGUCGUUAUACUAUAAGUAAAAAUGUUGAGUUUUCAAAUCAUGACGACAUGUUCAUUUUUAUUUCUCCACCUCAGACUCGAAAAGGGAAAACUUUUCUUAGCAUUUGUAUAUAUUUACGUUAUAAUAUUCAAUUUAGACCGAAAUUCAAUGGAUUGAAAUAGUCGACAUAAUUUAAUAGAAGAAUAAUGGAUAGAUUAUAAAUAUUUAUUUUGAAUUGAAAAUUGCAUGCAAAACUGUUAGCUCGAUAAUAGGUUUUUGACCCAAAUCUAUAGUCUAUUGAUUCAUAUUAAAUGUAAGCGUCAAAUUUCGAGAAUGAUUUAAUUAUUUAAAUUUGUUUUUAUUGUAAUUACAAUAUCAUUUUAAAGUUAAUUUUGAUCCCGGACGAUUGAAAAAUCAUAAAAUCACUGUAGACAAUCAACCUAAGAAAAACAUAAGAUUAUUAUACAUUAAAUAUGUGUAGGUUUCAGUAGUGGGAAACUACUGUGAACACAGAUUCUACACUGUUAUCUGUUAAAUUAUAAAAAAAAAAAAAAACCACUUGUGUAUAUUAUAUACGUAAUAAACUAGGAGUUAAUUUCAAUUGUAUAAUAUGAUAUUUUUAUAUUAUAGUAUUAGAAAAGGGUACGCUGCAACCCGAUACGCUAUGUGACGUCAACUACAACGGGCUAAGCAGUUCCUCCAGGGGUAAAUUAAAACAUCCGGGAACCGAACAAGUAUUUUGGAACGUCGAAGGUCAAAUGAGGUGUUCUCAAAAUCUCAUUCCGGCCGUAAACCAGAGCAUAAGCAUCAAAGUAAAUAUUUUAGCCCGCCUCAAAUAUUUCGGGAAUAAAUAUUAAAUACUCUAAUAUAUUACUUAUAGUUUUGUACUAUGGUUGUGGAAAAUUAUUUUCGUUAAUUUUCGUCUUGUAUUUUUUUUAUUAGGUUGGCGAUACACUGGUGCCCUUUUUUUUUUUAUUCUAAGCGGUGCAAGGAUUGUAGUAGUUUUACUAUAGUGUAUGUCUGUGUGUUUUUUUUUUCUGUCUGUGAGCAAUUCUUUUUACUAGAAAUCAUGCUUUAAUCAAAAAAAGUUAUAAAAAAAAAAACUAUUUUUUUGUUGCAUUUUAGAUCUAGUAUUUUUUCUGAAUUUCUCACUAGCUAAUGUAUCAGAAGGUCAUUUUUAAAUUUGGAGUUAUCUUAAUAAUUGAGGAAAAUCAACAUUAGAAAUCGAACAUUUGAAAAAACGAGGUAAUAAAAUGUUAACGUGGCAUUAAUAGUUUCAUUAUUCGAUUUUCAUUAAUUCUAUUAAAAUAAUCACAUAUUACUUAUUUAAGCUUUUUAUACACUUGGUUAAAUUUUAGAACAUUUUGCAAUUUUGUGUAGGUUUUUUCUAUAAACAUUUAAUAUUUUCGAGUUCUGUUUUAGUUUUUAUAUGGUUUUAUACGAAUAAAAUUGUUAAGCUAAAUAUGAAUAAUUUAAAAAAUUAUUAUCUUAGUCUAUUAUAAAAAAACAAACAAUUAUCGCACGCAUUAUAAACUUAAAACACUAAAACAAUAGUGUACAUAAAACGUAAAAUUUUAAUUUAAAAAAAAAAUUACAUGCAUGUUAUCAACAAAAUAUGUAAAUAGAAACCAUUAAAUUAAUAUUUGGAAUAACAAUAACUUUCGGUUUUAAUAUGAUUACAAUUAAUUAAUUUAAGUCAUUUUUUUUUUUUUUGAUGAAGUUGUAUUUUUUUUUUUGUGAAAACCCUAUUAUAGUAAACUACAUAACAAUAUUGUUUUACAGCAUUUCAAUUGUGAUUUAAAAGUCUUGGUCUUAACCGUUGACAUUUUCUAGUUUUUAUUUUUUUUUUUUUUACGUUUUUAUUUAGUUGUAUGUUAGUAAAAAUAUUUGGCUGAAGAGAAAUGUUUGACAAUUUGACAACACAAAGUUUAUAAUAAGUUGUAUUUAGUGGUCAAAUCUUACAGUUGAGUGUAAUGCAGUAUUUUUUUUUAAGUUUUUAAUGUUCGAAUCUUGAUGCAAAUUUUACAAAUUACGGCAUUUCAAAAUUUAUACUCGUACAACUGAACCUAGGAAUGAUUUAUCGUUGCGUACUGAUAUAAAUUAAAGGACUUUACGUAUCCAACCUUCCUAACAUCCUAACAGUGACACAACCAUUAGCACUAUCAGCUCGUUUUUUUUCUUUAAGAAAAUACGAUCACUAAUUCGUAUAACAGCGAUCGUUAUGGUAACUAGUUGCGCCGGUUGGAUUUAAUCUUGAGGGCCGUUCAUGUUUGAUUUUAUACAUUUCCAUUUCAGGUGAUAUCAUUAAACAAAUUGUCGUCUAACCUGUGUUACACCGAAUGUGGAGAUGGUGGAUGUCGUUGCGUGAAAAACGCCACGUCGAUUGUCGAUCAGCUCUACGUCACCUCGGUCAAGGGUGACAUCUUAUCGUGUAUCUGCGGUGAUUUUCAAGUGAGUCUAUCGGCCAAUUGUUUUUUGGUUUUUUGGUUUUUUUUUUGUAUUCGUAUUAAUUGAUAAUAUAUUAUGUUCUCCUUGUACAACAUCAUAUAGGCCGAGUGGUUACCUGUCACCGUAAAAUCGUGGUCACCGAUCAAUUUGGUGUAUUCGAUAUCCAAAUACAGUUGGUCCAACAAAGGGUUCGAAUACUCAGCCGAGUAUUCGUUCAAAGACGACGUCGUGUGCGGAUAUCGGGUGAUUAAUCAACAUACCGGCGUUCUUGAAUCACCCGUAAUGAUCCGGGAGAGUCCUAUGAAUUUCUAUUAUCACCAGGAUUGCACGUGGUUACUGGACUCCAACGUCGAACGGCACUUGACCAUCGAAAUAGGCAGUUCGCAAAGUCGUAAGUGUAUAAAAUAAUAUAGAGAGUAGGUCGAAAAAUCAUAUACUCUCAAUAUUACCGAUCUGUCUAGUUGUAUACCUAUACACCUAUUAAUGCGUUGAAAAUCGAAAUUUUAUUAUUUGUUUAAGAAUAUUGUAAAACAAUAUUAUGGGAAGGAUGUUAGUAUUAUUGGAUGGUGAUUUCCGGCCUAUUCUACUGGUGAUUCAAAGAAAGCACGCCUAGAUGAAAUUAAAGUCUCUCUAGUCACCAAGACUAUCGACAAAUAUUAGUAAAUUCAGUUUGAUUGCAGAUAAGAGUGUGUACUUUUAAAAUAAUUUAGAUACAGAUCGACAUGCAAAUACUCUGUUAAAAAUAGGAGUUGAAACGGUUCUAAAUAUGGUUUGAAUACGGUUAGAAAUAUAUAUCGAAGGCAGUGUUAUUAACACAGAAUUGUUGUAAAUUGGUACAGAGUGGGACAGAAUUAUUUGCUACAGUUUACCCGGGUCUACAGAGCAAUAUAAAUAUAAAUAGCAAUAUAAAUAACAAUCGGUGGUUAUGUGAAAGAGCGAUUCUUGCAUUCAAAAUAAUAUCAACGAUAUUACUGUAGACAUUUUGAAAAUUAUUUAAGAAGAAUUUACCGAAUAUUUGUCAGUAGACACAGAACAGAAAAAUCCAUAUCAUGUAAAACUCUAGUUUUAAAUUUACGUUCCAGAAAUACUUAUGUAAUAUUUAGAUGCCCCGAUACCGAGAUUAUGUGAUGUCAUGAGGCUUUGCGUCGUACAUAUUGGAAAGAACGUAAUUGGCGCCACUAUUCUGAUAGGGACAGGAAAGGGCCAAAACGUUAUGAUACCUCGGAGCUUAAUAAUAUCCACAUUCCUCACAUUCCAAUUCAAAAGACUAUAAUUCUCUCUCAAGCUCAGAUUGGCUAUGCUUAUAAACAAAACGCAAGGGCAAACAUAGCAGGUUACGGGGAUGCACAAGGUGAAACCAUCAAGCUUCUUCCAUAGUCAGUUUUGUGUAGCAUGUUCGCGUAUGUGUAAUUCCCAAAAUCUCGAAGUCCUAGCCCCACACGGAAGGAAUUUUAACGUUUUAAAUCGUUGCUUCUUAAAGUGUUUAAGUAAUUUAUUAUAGUAGUUAAUAAUGUUCGUACUACGUUUUAAAUUUAGUUUUUUAUUACAUUUCGUGUUAUUAUAUCUGUUAACAUAUACACUGAAAAAACAUUAUACAAAUCUACGUGAACAAAGUCAUAGAUAAUAAAAUUAGUUCUUUACGAUUUUCGAAUUGUGUUAUAAAUUAUUAAAUUUAAAUGGCGGAAUAGACCGUGGGCCGUGAACCGAUGAGCACCUUUCUAAUAAAACGACGUAAUUAAUUUGUAAAAUACCUAUUAGUUUUCAUCGAGUGCGAGCUUUUGUCUACUAUUUGUCUACCUAUUCAAUCUGUUAAAUUUGUAUUAAAAGGUACACAUUUAAUUUAUUAUUAUUUACGCGUUGAAAUUAAAUGCUCGUUAUUUUAUUCAAAAUGUAUAAACUAAAUUAAACAACAAUUAAAAAUAAUGCGAUAUCAAAUUAACUUGAUAAUAAUUGAACAAAAACCAUCAUCAAUAAUAUUAUAUUGUAAAAAUAAGUUUCGUGUGGCUAUACUGAAAAAUGAAUAUUACACGUUCCAAACUCGAUUUUAAAAUAUUUGUAAAUAAUACAUGCGAUCAAAUCGGGAAAGGGGAGAUAAUUUAUCCCCCUCCGUGAUCUUUUCUUCUUCAGUAUUCACAAUAAUACAGAUAUUGUAUGACAUAAUUAUUUAUAAAACACAAAUAAUUUAAAUGAUAAUAAUUAUAAAUGUUAUUUAAAAACAUCAGCCUCGUCCCCCCCUCCACUUCUAGACAAAAUUAUUAAACCACCACUAAGCCUAUCACUUAACUUACACAAAAUAAAUACUCCACCGAUGUUUAGCAUAGAACUCGUUGGACGGUUUUCGAAAGAUUUGUAGGACGUCGAUUAAUCGGAUAAAAUAUGAAAAAAACAUUAGGAUAUAGGUAUGUGAAUAAUUGUUUUUAUACUUUCAAAUAUGUAUAAUUUAUUCGAUAUUCGAUUGAAAACCCGAUAGUUACUUUGGUGGUGAUUUAAACUGUUGCAUUUCGACGAUUGAAUAUGUAUAAGACGGUUUAAGACGGUUUAAUGAUUUUGAGGGGGUAAACAUUAACCCUCCGAAAUGAAUAACAAAAUUUAUUUAAAACACCGCCGUUUUUAAAAAUAUUCUGGGUGAAAGAAGAAUAAUAGGAUUAUUAUUUUCGAAUAAAACAAAAAGCAAUUAUCGUAACGCGCGUCUUUGUUUUUCGUUCAAAGACUUUAUAAGUUUAUAAAGUAGAAUUAAUGCGGAACACAAUAGACACAAAUAUACGAGCGUUAAUUCGGUAAAAUUUUUUUUUUUUUUUUUAAAGUUUAGGUAUCUAGUAGUUCUUUUCAAAUUAAACUUCCUUGCAAUUUCAUAGAAACCAUGGGAUAUUAUAAAUAAAGUUGACAAAAUAAAAAAAGAAACACACUGUUAUAAUUAAAAUAUAAACAAAAUAAAAUUAAUUUGGUUUAAAUGAGCUUAAAACGAUAACGUUUCAAUUAGUUUAAUUUCUUAAACAUUAUAAACAAUUACGUAUAUACCUACCUAUUGAUACUUAGAUUAAUUUAAUUAUUGGGGCUUGAAAACAUUUUAUUGGUAAUCACUUGUUAUUGCGUACUUAAAUUAUUAUUAUUAUUUUUUUUUUUGUUUUUUUUUUUUUAUUAUUAUUAUUGAAAUGGUUUAAUUUGACAACUAAUAUAGCUGGAUUGAAAAUGCUAUAGGUAAAUAUUUAGAUUGUUUUUCUAUUAAAGCAAGAUUUCUAGUAUACAAAUUGUUUGUAAACAAAAGAAAUGUUUGAAAAAUGUCGUACAUAUCAUAAUAAAACCGAUUCAUUAUUGACCGCGCUCAGAAUCUAAAAUAACUUAUUGCAACUGCAAUACGUGAGCUACAGGAAAAUUCGACUCUAAUGACGUAGCUCUGCUACUCACGGGUGUUUUUUUUAAAAUUUAUUCGUAACAAUGUUGUAAUAUAUAACACAAAUCCGUCCACAACUGCCACAAGUUCUAAUAUGAUCUUGAUAGAUUGGUUACUUGGGGUGAAUAUCCUCUUGAUCUCUCUCCUAAUUUCCUAAAUGUUCCUCCAUAUCUUUACUUGCCUCCAAUCACCUAUCCAUUUCUCAUACCACAUCCACAACAUUCCUGUUAUGUCCUUAGGUGACUUAAUUCGCUACUUAGGAUUCGCACUUACCCGUAACCUCUCCCCACACAAACACAUAGAAGAGAUAUGUUGUAAGGCACUCAAAGUUUUCGGGUUCAUCCUCCAAUCCUCUCAAUAAUACCAUCUUAUCCUACUCCUAAAACCACUCUAUUGUGCUCUGGUACAGCCUAUUGUUGAGUACGGUCGUGUAUUGUGGGACCAAGCUCCCUGCAUCGUUUAGUGCUAUGAUCGAGCGUGUUCAAUGAAGAUUUCUCCUUGCUUUUGCUUACAGACUUCAAAUUUCUUGUCCACCUCGUGAUUACCCUAUUGUCUUGCAUGCUCUGGGCCUUUCAAGCCUUGCGGAUCGUAGACAGGCGAAUAAUAUGUCUUUCCUAUCUAAUGUCCUUAGCGGAAAGAUUGAUUCUCCUACUCUCCUAUCUCUCAUCAACUUUAAAGUCCCACCUCGAUCCACUCGCUCUCAUGCCUUAUUCUACAUACCACUCUCGUCUACAAAUUUCGUCGAAAAUUCCCCUAUCAAGCGAUUAAUGCGGAUCGCAAACAACGACCCCUCCUUUGUUUGAUCUUCAAUUACAAAUAAAUAAUUCACUAACCAUUACUAAUGGUAAUUAUGUCAAUUAUACUUUUAAUCUUUUUCCAUAAUUCAUAUUUUUUUAUUUUAUUUUUCGUUUGUGUAUUUUUUUUUUUUUUUUUUUUUUUUUUUGUUAUCACCUUAUCUUAUUUUAUUAUUAUAUUUUCUAUUAACUUUUCUAUUUUCAUUAUUUUUUCUUUUUUCUUUUGUUUGUUCAACUUGUCACCUAAUUAUAAUAUGUAAAUCAACACUAUCAUUUGUAAUUGGACCUUGGUCUGUAAUAUACAAUAAAUAAAUUUAAUGCUAUACAAUGCCGAGGCGAGAAAUGAAAAAAUAUAAUGAAUUCUCGUCAGCGGCCAUCGUGUGAAAGCUUAUAGUUAAUCGGUAUAACUGCCAGCCUACCGUUCAAUUAUUGAAAAACUGUCAAAUGUGUUGUUUCUUUUAAAACCCGGAUUUGACUUAGUCACGACUGAUACAGUUUUCCGUCUCAGUAAUGAAAACUUUACGAUUUUACUUAAUAACUAAACGUGACGUAUGUUUUAUUUUUUCUAUGUACCCCUAACCUAAUUCGAAUACAAUGUCAAAACAGUGUCAGUAAUAAAAUAUAGAUUUGUUCAGUAUUUAGGACAAUAUCAUAAUAUUAUUAACUCCGACAUAUUCGACAUAUUCUUUUUCUGGUGAUCAGUAAAAUAAUAUUUUCUCCGUGCAAACUACAGGCACUCAAUUUUUCAUUUACUUUUACUCUCCGGGUAUGUUAUCUGUGGUAUUAUUGCCGACCAUACUGGUCGAAUCAUAAACAGCCAUGGGAAAUUUUGCCGAUUACAAAAACGACCUGAUGAAAAUGUGCAAUUAAAAUAUUUUUUUUUUUAAACGGUCCAAAUUCUUUCCAUGGUUAUAUUUCCCUCUGACAAUUUUUGUAUUUGAUCCUUUAUUAUAGUUAAUAUUAAACUCAAGUCAUUUUUACCAGGACAUUAUUAGUUUGGCCAUUAUCACCUGGAUAAUGUCGUUUUUUAUUGAUCAGCGAUAUCUGUCUAUCAAGUACCUAGCAAAAAUAUUAUGAAUAUAUAAUACCGUAUUAUCAUUAUUUCAGGUCCUUGUUCCGCGUGGAACAUAAGCAUUCACGAGUAUUCGGAGAGAGCGGACGAUCGGGCAGGUCCGAUUUUGUACACGUUUUGUUCGAGGGAAAAGAACGCUACCAACACGCUCCCAUGGCAGAUGAACGUGGUCGUCAUAAAGUUAGUUGGGUGGAUGGAAGUGUAGAAGAAGAACGGGGUCACAGACGUAUACCAAACACUAGAUUGCUAACUACCGUGAUAUCGUACUAACGCUUUUGGUCGAAGUUGCAAGCGGCAGCUGUUUUAUUCGGGGUCCGUGGCUUUUUUACUGUGAUAAUAUUACGCUUUUGCGAUAACUGUUGGAUUUGUUGUUUAUUUUUACCGUUGCUACGGAUUUAAAAUUCACUUCUUAUCACCGGUUAGCAAUCUAUUGUAGUGACGUAUUCGAAGGAGAGGGAGCAAUAGGUGGAGCCUCCCUCUUUGGAUUUUUUUAGCCGUGACUUUUUUUUUAAUCACAGCUAUAGCCUAUGGGUAAUAACACAAUACGGUAUUUACACCCGUGAUAUCUAUUCUUAAUUGAGUAUUUUUAUCACCAUUACCAAAAAGUGGUGAUCACGUUAUAGGGCAACUUUUUCGGGUACUCUCGAAUUGCUUCCCAAAUUCAAGUAAGUGACCUUUUUUUCACUAGAAUUGCCUCCGGGUGUUUUCGGAGGCAAUUCGUGUGGAUAAUUUUAGUAUACUCAAAUUGCCUCCAAUAGCAUACCUAGAUUAUUAAUUAAUAUAUCGAUAGUUGACGUGUACUAUCGAUUAUUAUAUAGAAAAUUGUAAUACUUAAAAUUAUUAGCAAAUAAAUUGAAAUCUCGAAAACAUACAAUCUAAUUAAUUGAAAUUUGAAUUGGUGAUUAUAAAACAUAAUGAUAUUUGUUUAUUAAUUGUUUACUAUUUUUUUAAUAUUAUUAAUUACUGUUGUAUUGGUAUUGUAAAUACAUAAUGCUAUUCAUCUAAAUUAAUUUUUUUAUUGAUUUUCAAUACGUGAAAUAUUGAUACAGUACAUGUACCUAUUUGCAUUUUUGACAUCGACUUAUUACCUAAUACCGUGCACAAAUGUCUACUAAUGACAUGUGUACUAAUGCCGUGUACCUAAUACCUAUGUAUAUUGUAUAAUUGUUUUUAGUUUUAAAAAAAUCUAAAUAAAAAUCGAUUCCGAUACAAGAAGGUAUCUAAAAUAGGAGGCGAUUCGAGUGAAUGAUAUUUUUGAAAUCGGGAGACGAUUCGAGUAACCUUUUUAAAAAAAAAUUCACGGGAGGAAAUUCGUGUGCGCCUAUUUUUUUCGGUCUACAACACAUAGGAAUACCGAUGAGGAUGUCCAAGCAUUGGUCGUAGAUCGGUUCGCAGGGUAAUUAAAACGUUUGAACCGCUCCCCCCCCCCUUGAAAAAGCUCCAGAUACGUCACCGGUCUACUGUAUACAUUGUAUACGUCUGUGUACGCCAUAGAACGUUGUUAUACAUUAAAUUUGUGUUAUUAUUAUUAUUUUUUCUUUUUUUCUUAGACUGAGAGCCAUGACGCAGACGCCGCCGCAGUAUUACAUCAAGUGGCGGUCGGACGUGGAUCGUGCGUCCAGACCGUCCGGUUCCACUGCGCACACGGCGGCCGCCAGCGGAUCGUCAGCUACACGACCCGGCAAUAUCCGCGACUAUUGGACGGCCGCCGUGUCCGCGAUCGCCGUAUUCGUGUACGCGAAAAAACUCAAAAACAGUUGA